AUGGACUUUAAAAUCCUUGACAGCGACAAUUUGCAGAUUGCUCUCCAGGGGCAGCUUGAGGACGUCCAGGCCCUCAGCGAUUCGCAAAAGGAAAGACCCGCGAGCCCACCGAUGUGGAGGUCCUCCUCGACCUCUAGGCACCACGCCGACCUUUCGGCACUUUCCCAGAAUCUUUCCGCCCGCAUGAAUGGCCUGGCUCUGAACGAUGCUGCCGAAGGUGGCGACGCUCCUAAGAAUCAGGAAGCUUCGAUUACAGACAAUGAACUUCAAUUGGAAGAUGCCGAUAUGGAAGACCUUGAUGAGUACAAUUCACAGGCCAAGAUAACCAGCCCGAGGACAAAGGUUCUGUCGCCGAUGAGCCAGUGA